GGUGUGGUGUGGGCUGAUGGGUAAGAUUAGUCAACUGUGACUCCGAUGAGCUUCAUCACAUUGGUACAGCGUUCAUGUAAAGCAGGCAGGCUCCUGUCAGGGUGUUUAUUCUCUAAAGAGAGAGGAGGCAGCCGCUGUGAACAUCUUCAUCCAUGGGCCUGAAGAAUUCCCACCCCAAACUGUUCCCAGGGGACAUCGUGGAGUAUCCCAGGAACAAAUACUUCUCUCAUUUCGGCGUGUACUACGGGGAGAGGGAUGGCGUUCCGUACGUCGCUCACCUGACGUGUCGAGAUGCAGACACCAAAAUCCCUCUGUUUGGUCGGGCUUUGAGGUCAGAGGUCAAGCUGGAUCCUCUGGAGCUGCUGGGAACUAAGUACAGGGUCAACAACAUGAUGGACGACACCCACUCUCCCAGGGACUUCCACACCGCCGUGAAGAAGUCCAUCGACGAAAUGAUGGGCCAGGCAGUCACCUUCGACAUCCUCUUCCACAACAGUGAGCACCAGGCGACGCUCUUCAGAUACGGGGUCAAGAGGUCUGAGCAGAUAGAGAAGAUCUACAAACACAUAAUGCCUGCCUGGAAGGAGCUGUUCAGCGAGAAGAAACUGUGAGAGCUGAAUCCGCCCCUAGAAGGCGUCUUCGCCGUAAAAAAAAACUCAAGAUAACUUCUUUAUCCUCUUCUUUUAAUACAUUUCAUUUCCAAUGUCUUUUUGUUAGUCUUUUCCUUCUUUAUGUUUUUUUUAGGAUCCUUCCGAUAUUUUUGUGACUUUGUGUUAUUGUAAAUCUGUCUUUUCAGUUCUUCAAAACAUGAUGUACCGGUAAUGAUAUAAUAAUGCAAAUAUUCAACAAAAUAAAAGCAAACACAUCUAA